AUGGAUAACAAAAAUGUAUCAGUCAUUACUGAAUUUAUUCUUCAGGGAUUCAGAGGCAAUCCCAAAAUGCAGUUUAUACUUUUUACAAUUUUCCUCCUGGUUUAUGCCAUUACUAUCUUAGGGAAUCUGGGGGUGAUUCUGUUGAUUUCCACUAAACCCCAACUCCACAAACCCAUGUAUUACUUCCUGUGCAACCUCUCCUUUGUUGAUCUCUGCUGCUCUUCAACCAUUUCUCCAAAAAUACUGAUUGACUUGUUGGUUGAAGGAAAAAGAAUUUCAUUUGGUGCCUGUGCUACACAGCUCUUUCUGAUUGGUAUAUUUGGAGAUACAGGGUGUGUUUUGUUGACCAUGAUGGCCUAUGACAGAUAUGUGGCCAUCUGCAAUCCACUCCUCUAUCGAACUCUAAUGUCCAAAAAGGUCUGCCAGCAAAUGAUUGUUGUUGCAUAUUGCAUAGGCCUAAUGGAUACAAUAGUAUACACUUCCUCAACAUUUCGACUGAUAUUCUGCCGGUCAAAUGUUAUUAAUCAUUUCUUCUGUGACAUACCUCCACUCUUAAUGAUCUCCUGCUCAGAUACAUACAUCAGUGAAAUAGUGAUAAUUGUCAUUGCUAGCUUUAUUGAAGUAAGCGGUAUAGCUAUGAUUCUUGUAUCCUAUGUUUACAUUUUGGCUACAAUCUUGAGAAUGUGCUCCGCAGAGGGCAGGCACAAAGCAUUUUCCACCUGUGCUUCUCACCUGACAGCUGCUGGGAUAUACCAUGGGACAAUACUCUUUAUGUAUUUUCGGCCCAGCUCCAGCUAUUCCAUAGACCAAGACAAAUGGGCCUCAUUGUUCUACACGGUCGUGAUCCCCAUGCUCAAUCCUUUGAUCUACAGCCUGAGGAACAAGGAAGUGAAAGAUGCUGCAACCAAAUCAAUGGGUAACAUAUGGAUUUUUAAAGGGAAUAAUCCUAGAUACAUUUAA